AAGACGGAAGAGCGAUCCCUUCCCAUAGCCGUCCGCAUCCACCGCACCCUCGAGCUGGCCGACGACAAGUUCUACGUCAUCACGUGCGGCAAGGCGGGCUUCCUCAACACCUCCCUGGUCUCCCUGCGUCUCACGGAAGGCACCAGGAAGGUGAUCGAAGCAGUCUACCACCGUUCGUACACCCUAAAGGUGGAAAUUCUGAGACCGGACAGCACUUACGGCUUCCGGGUGAAGAACUGCCUGGCCUUCAACAGACCCAACAGCACGGAGCAGUUGGUGGACCAGAGGGGCUGCCCCGUCGGGAACAUCAUCGAUCCCUUCGUCUACGACGAGAAGAAGGGCAUCGCCGAGGCUCAGAUCAAGUCGAUGUUCAGGUUUCCCGAGAACUCCGAAGUGCAUAUUCAGUGCGACGUAGGUCUGUGCAAGGGCAGCUGUCCCGCCCCCUCGUGCUCAGGGGACACCCGUCCCCUCAACACCGACGACGGCAUCCUCAUGGCCGCCACCAGCGUCUUCGUGGUGUACCCAGGCGAACCGCCUCGAGCUCAGGAGCUCUGCGACGACAUCGGUGGAGUGCACCCCUCCUGGUUGCUGUGGCUUGCCAUCGCCCUGGGUGUUCUGUUCCUCCUCAUGCUGAUCAUCAACAUUUUCCUGUGCUCGGCGAUGACUUGCGCUUGCGCGAGGACCGAGAUCAUUGAGAAGGAGCCCAGCAUCAUCGAGGACUACGAUCCUUAUAGGAGCUGGCACGGUAGUCAGUACGGAUCCAGAUAUUCACUAAACGGCGCGCCCCAGCAUCCCAAAGGUUACACAUCGGGUGGUUCCACGAUGAAUUCUACAAGAUCCGUAUCUUCCCACAGCGACCACUACGCCAUCGUCCAUUCCAGACCAGGAAGCAGGAGCUACAACAAACACAGGGGACCUCCAUCUCACAUCGGAAGUCACUUUAGUGGGAAAUAAAUGUUAAGCUGUAUAAAAAAUUGUGUUCCGGAUAACCAAGGACUGCAAGGAUGUAGUGAUGAGCCUUAAAUCCUUAAUAAUUUGUACGCGUUCUAGGCGAGUUCGAGUUAUUUUUUAUUUUAUAUCGUACCGAAAUAUGUAGAUAGCUGGUUCGUUUUUAGUUCUCGACUUAACUGAUUAAAUUCUUUGUAAUGGUCGUCUUACAUAGUCAAAUAAAUUCAUGAAUUUAUUGGACAUAUUAACAAGGUUUAACGAUUUUUAUCACAAACUCAGUUGGCAUUAUAUCUUUAAACUUCAAAAUGUAACUAGAAUUCACUAAAAAAUUGUUGAACUAUUAGAGCUGGUCCUAUCACAAUUUCUUCUUGAAAUUAUUGUCAUCAAUAAAUUGGCAAUUUUGUGAUUUACACGUAACAAUUAAUUGAAGACCAAAAAAUCAAUCAAUUUUUUUGACUGUGUAAAAAAGGCUAUAAAGGUGGAUAGUAAAGUAAUUUUUAGUUUUUGUAGACAUGCCCACUUGUGAUAUUUGACGACCAGAUAAGUCAGAACUGAAGAGCAAUAUAUUUAAAAGUUGACCCUAUACAGGGUGGACCAAAUUCGACAAUUUCCCGAAAGAAUUCCCGAAAAUGCCCUGUAUUUCAUAAACAAAUUAAGAUUUCAAGAUGCAAUUUUCGUGACAUUUGAACUACUUUUUUGUAUUCUUUCGCGAAAUAAGAGAAAUCCAAAAUGUGUCGAAUUUCGCCCACACCUCCAUAUUCUUCUAUACAGAGUGUUGCAAUGUCCCAGGACAAAAUUCUGCAGGUCAUUCUUUAUCUAAAAGAAAGAAAACUUAAAAAGUUACUUGAUCAGGUAUAUUCUAAUAAAUCUUUAUAUUUUAACAUUGGGACACCCUGUAUAAAAUUUUGAAAUAAGCGUGUAUAAGUUUUCUUGUACCAGAAGGUAUUUUAUAUGAUAUAAAAAGACAAAACUCGACGAUUCUCGAAUCUAACGAAGAACGAUGAAAUGGAACUAUAUUUUGUACAUAACCGUCCCAAAUUUUAGAAAGUAGAAACCCUACUACUAAUUUAUUUGUUAAUAAGUCAAUGUAGUUGAUAAUUUCCGCUAUUUUUGUACAUUUCUUCCUCUAAUAAACUAUAUUUUUUAUAGUAAAUAUUUCCCUAAUUUAGAGAUAUACAUAUUUUUGAGAUGAAACGAUGAUUGCAACUACCUAACACUGAACAUGUUAUAGUAAAUAUGGACGUUUAUUGUUUUAAUUAUAAUAAUUGUUUGAAGAGAUGUCUUCGAUUCGAACGAAUACAUGUUUAUUGCUUCCUCAUCCUAUUAACAAUAUAUUUUCAUAGAUUUUACUCCGUGUAGGUACUUAUAAAUAUAGCUUUAAAUUUGUAAAUUUUAAUAUACAUAGAAGUAACUGCUAGUGCGAAAUAUUGUAAAGAGAACUGAUCAAUAAAAUUUUUGUAAAUAA